UCUCCCUGAGAGUUCCCAAGAACUCCUAUCACAUAUCAAUUUUUACAGUAACAUCAUUACUGCUAUAGAACAACAAUCGCAAAAGUCCAAAGUCAAAAUCCCUCUUCCAUCCGCAUUUUUCCACCUCGUGAAGCUAUUCGCGUUUCGUUUCAUUUCAAAUUUUAGUCAGCCAAUCGCCAUCGACGCAGCAACGUUUUCGAGAGCGUGCCGAGUAGAGAAAGAUAUCUGUUUCUGUUCCCGAGUGCAGUUUUAUCACCGACGGAUUACAUUUCAUUCGAAGGAAUGGGUGCGUUCGAUGAACAUAACACGUAGUUUCAAGGGAUUCCUGUUGCUCCUCAUCGGGACUGCCCCUCAGUCGAGAGGCGGCUGUCAACAUCUGGUAUAGGUGGUAUAGGACUCCUCGUGCUGCUCGCAGAGCAUUCUGAGCGUUGACACGUCAUGAAGAAGGACGACACGAAGCCCAUCAUGAAUCCCGCGAAGAACUGCAAAACAGCCGCGACGAAGUCUGAAUUACCGAACGACAAGUUCUUCGGAGCGUACCUGAAAGCAGGCAUCAUGCAUGGCAUCGUUUACCAAGUAAGAUUCCUGACCUGGGUGGCCUGGAAGCUGUUAUGUAAGAGCGACGCAAGUAUGAAGAAUUGGUGCUUGGGCACAGAGGUGCGCAACGCUCGUGGGUUACACGAUCUGGUGCUGAAGUAUAGGGUCAAGGGCACGGCGAACGGGCACAUAUUCGACGAUAUCGUCAACGAUAGGUGCAUGUAUCGCUUCGUCCAGAUAAAACACAAUUGCAAGAGCGCGCAAAUCACUUAUGGCUCACUGACGUCCAAGAACAAAAAGAAUCAGUACAGCCUGAUCUACCUAUAUAAGUCUUACAUAGAUAUGCUCGGCAACUUCGAAAAUAUAACGAUAGAUCAGGUCCAGGAUAUAACGAUCUUCACGAACGCCAACAUUGAUUCCGACAUUAAAUUCCUCGUGCCGGUGAACAACGACUCGAUCUUCGGCUUCGAAGGGAAAGGACAGCGCUAUCGCAUCGACAACAACAUAUUAAAUGAGGACCCGAAUCUGUUCAUACAGCUGCGGAAAGUGAAGCCGAACGAUUUAAUUAUAUUCGACUUUCUGAAGAAGUUGAUGUUCGCGAUAGAUCAGCCGUGCGAAUCCGAGCUGGAAAAUCUGAUUGUCAAGGAGAUGGGCAGGGUCUACAUCGUGCCGCAGAUCUUCUACAAUGACUUGUUCAAUAACAUACUCGGUUGGUUCUUCAUCUGCAACGACGGCAUUGCGCCGUAUCUUACAGAGAAACAACUGAAACAGUAUCUGCUCAACGCGGAAAACACGCUGUUGCACGCGAAAAAGUCGAAGACAUAUAUCGACAAGGUGUCCUCCUUGUCAGACCAAUUGUCGCGGUUGCGCAUAUAAUUUUGUCUUUGCCUUCCCUAUCUCUUUGAAUAACUAACAAUUAUAAUGAGACUAUAAAAUUGGUCCUUUUCUUUUUUAUCUUAUUACAUGUGACAAGCAUGCAAAAUGUUUUUCUCUGUCUUGUUUUUGUUUUUAUAAUAGUGACUCUCUUUUAUGGACUAUUUUAUCUCCUAUGACCUGUAUGAAUAUGAUUCAAGAUAGCAUUCGUGAUCCGAUCUUAUGUUCAAGAUUGCUUUAAGUUCACCUUAGGAAGUUGAUAUUAUGUUGAUCGUUUUAUUAAGUUUGUCUCUGUAGUUUAAUUUUAACUAAAAAUUUCUUGAAACUUUUCCAGACACAGUAUAGAUUCUUUCUGAUCAGAAUAUCCAAGUUUGUCUCGAGAUAUUCCAUUAUUACGAAUCCUAUUUCUCUUUCUCUGGACAUGAUCUUAGAAUCAAAAAAGAAAUAUAGAAGUACAUGAUUUUUUGUAGGUAAAAUAAUAGGUAAUAUAUGAAGCCGAUGAAACCGAUCUUUACAGCGUUUGAAGGUGAACUUCAGCCAAUCUUAAAUGUAAGACCCGAUUGUGAUUGUUGUUCCUAAGAUGGUAUUAAUAAUUUGAUAUUUUAAGGUUGUUUCAAAUUUAUCUUUAGAUGCUAUGUAGUUUUAUAUAGAAAAUCUUGUAAGAACUAUAAUUGAAAUGUAGUUCAAUUAUUUCAGUGAAAUUAUAGACUUAAGAAAUUUACAUAUGUUCAGGUUGGGAACCUAAUCUUUUAAACACGUGAUUCUAAUUGAGAAACUUAAAUAUAUCGAGAUAGAUUAUUCCAAUGCAAUACCAAUCACUUAUUUCUAUUCUAAACAUUUAGAAUAAAAAAAGAAAUAUAGGAAUACCUUUUUGUAGGUAAAGUAAACGAUUUCUAUAGAAAUGUCAUCAAGAUUAAUAGAAGAUACCACUAACAUCUGCGUUCUUUAUGCGCGCAUUUUUUUCAGAUUUUUGUUUGACAUUAACUAGAAUCACAAAAAUAUGUGUGGAAUAUUUUGGAUAAACAAUUAAAUAUAUUUAUAUUUCAUAACUAUAGGUAUAAAAGACAUAAAUAUUCAAAGUAUUUUCAGUAUGUUUCUUUUUAUCUUUUAUUCAACU